AUGUCUGGCCGUUUACUCUCUCUGCUUUCGCGUUCGAAUGGGCGCGUUUGCUUCACUCCGCGGCGAACGCCUCUCAGCGCAAGACUCUUGUCGACUCUCCCCAACACACAUAUAUUCCGCGCACUCCAAAACCAUGACCCUGAAAGCCUGGCUGUUGUGCAUAGCGUCUCUUCCCGAUCAUUCACCUACGGUAGUCUAAUUGCCGACAUCGUCCGCGCUAGGGACGACCUGGAACAAAAUGCCUCGAAAGCGCAGGGCCAAUUGGCUGGCGAGCGGGUUGCCUUCCUCGCGGAGAACAGCUAUGAUUACGUAGUGAUGCUGUUGGCGAUCUUUGCUAGUGAUGCCAUUGCGCUCCCACUCUCGCCGUCUUUCCCGAAUGGGGAGCUCAAGUAUAUCCUGGAUAAUUCACAGGCUAGGAUGCUACUGACAACUGAGAAGUAUGCCGAUAAAGGCAUGGAGCUCCUGCGAAAGGGAUUGGAGCAUGAGCCUAUGUUUGCUAUCCGCAAUAAGCUCACAGAGGGCGCAUCGAGCGGCGAGAGCGUCUCCUUGCAUGAUCUGAAGCAGCCUUCUUCCGGUGGGAUGAUGUUGUAUACAUCUGGGACCACGAAUCGACCGAAAGGUGUUCUCAUCCCCCAAUCGGCACUGGCAGCGCAAGCAUCUUCGCUACUAGAAGCAUGGAGGUACACACCGGAUGACCGACUUCUUCACCUGCUCCCACUCCACCAUAUCCACGGCGUGGUAAAUGCAAUCGUGGCGCCAAUAGUAGCAGGCUCCUCAAUCGAGUUCAUGUACCCCUUCAACCCGGACAAAGUCUGGAAACGACUAGCAGCACCCUUCCUCCCAUCCAACACCUCAAAAUCAGCCAUCACAUUCCUCACUGCUGUUCCAACAAUCUACAACAGCCUUAUGACCACCUUCCCCAAACUAACCCCAGAGCUCCAAAAAGCCGCAAAAGAAGGAAUCUCCCCACGGAACCUCCGUUUGAACAUCUGCGGCUCCGCCGCCCUCCCAACCCCAACAAAAACUGCCUGGACAAACCUCAGCAACGGAAACGUCCUCCUCGAACGCUUCGGCAUGACGGAAGUCGGUAUGGCGCUUAGCUGCGGCCUCGACACCGCAGACCGCGUCGACGGCAGCGUCGGCUGGCCGCUCCCAGGCGUCGAAGCCCGACUCGUCGACAUCGAGACGGGUGCUGUGAUCCCAAUCGAAGAAAAGAGUCCCAGUGGCCGCGAACACGAAGGCGAGAUCCAGCUCCGAGGUGAAACAAUAUUCGACCAUUACUGGGGAAACGAGAAAGCCACACGCGAGAGUUUCGUGCAGAGCGAUGAUGGAGGCCAGCCUUGGUUCUGUACAGGUGAUGUAGCUACCCGUCGCGUAGUUGAUGGAGCUGGUAGUGGGGCGAGCGGAGCUUGGGCUCAGGGACCGAUGUAUUUCAUCCAGGGGCGGAAGAGUGUUGAUAUCAUCAAGACUGGUGCUGAGAAGGUUAGCGCGUUGGAGGUUGAGAGGGAGUUGCUUUCUCUUCCCCAAAUCACCGAAGCUGCGGUUGUUGGUCUCCCAUCUGAACAGUGGGGUCAGAAGAUCGCUGCUGUGAUUGUUCUUGCUCCUGGUGCGGCUGCUUCGGGUCGGAGUGGUCGGUCUUGGGGUCCGAUGGAUAUGCGGCGCGCGCUGAAGGGUUCUCUUGCUUCUUUUAAGAUUCCGCAGGAGAUGAAAGUUUUGGAGGCUAUUCCGAGGAAUGCGAUGGGUAAGGUCAAUAAGAAGGCACUUAUAAAAGAGGUCUUUGGUGUUUGA